GGGAGCCUGGAGAGCGUAUUCGCGGGCAAGUCGGAGAAGGAGAUUGCACAGAUGAAGCUGCUGGCUGGGACCGGGCUGUGCCUCUUCUUCAUGAUUGCUGAGGUGAUUGGUGGCAUCGUCGCCCACUCGCUGGCCGUGAUGACCGACGCGGCACACAUGCUGUCCGACGUCGCCGGCUUCCUCGUUGGCAUCAUGUCGUUAUAUCUCACGAGCCGCGCCGCCAACUCAAAGUACUCCUUUGGCUUCCACAUCGCCGAGGUUCUUGGAGCGCUGGUCUCAGUGUCCAUUGUGUGGCUGAUGACAGCGAUGCUCGUCUUUGAGGCGACCAACCGCCUGGUCGAGCCGGAGGUUGUUGACGGCAAGGUGAUGUUCUGGGUCUCACUCCUCGGCCUCGCGAUGAACUUUGUGCUUAUGCAAGUCCUCGGUCACGGCCAUGGCGGGCAUGGCGGGCACGGCCACGGCGAGCACGGCCACGGCCACGCCGAGCACGGCCACGCUGAGCACGGCCACGCCGAGCACGGCCACGCCGAGCACGGCCACGCCGAGCACGGCCACAGCACUGACUCGAUGGCUCUCAAGGCGGCCAUGGUGCAUGUGAUCGGGGACAUUGUGCAGUCGGUCGGUGUGUGCGUUGCUGCGGCGCUCAUAUGGGCCUUCUCGGACCGCUGGCUGGAUGAGAAUGGUAUCUCGUACUGGUAUCGAAUCGACCCGGUCUGCACGUACCUCUUCUCCAUCCUGGUCAUCGUGACCACCUACAGCACGGUCAAGGAGGCGGUUCAUAUGCUGAUGGCAGGGCGCGCAUGCACACCAAGCACCCCGCUCUGUAGGACUUGGCACACCCCCUCCCUCCCUCCGCAGGACGUCAUCGGCGUGCACGACGUGCAUAUCUGGUCGCUUAACAGCUCGAAACGCAACAUGUGGGCGCACCUCGUGGUCGGAUCAGGGGCGGACAACAGCGCCGUCUUGCGUGCGGCCGAGGCG